AGUCCGUGUAGACUUGAUGGUUAUUUAUAAUCUCCUUUGUUGAGUCACGCAACGCUCCCGUAACACGAGACAACGAAUGCGCUGCAAGGAAUGGGCCAUCAUGGGAUACUACUGUAUCUUUAUCUCCACCUUCCUCGCAAGUGAAGAAGUGGCGGUGUAACCAUGGCUGUAGAAAACCUUUUGACGUUUGAUAACCGUGUUUUUGCUCUGUUUGCCGUCUGUACGGCUGCUCUAAUACUAAAGAUGUUUUUCGUUGUGUAUCUGCUGGGUAAAUCGCGUGUGAAACAUCAGGUUUUGUCUAGUCCAGAGGACUAUGAAGGCAAGACUGAUGGCAAAGUCAAGUCCCACCCAGAUGUUGACAGAGCCAUCAGAAUCCAGCACAAUGACUUAGAGAAUAUCCCAGCAUUCAUCUUCCUAGCCCUGCUAUAUGUGCUGACUGACCCUCGCGAGGUUUCUGCCCUUAUUGUGUUUGCCGUGUUCACAUUCUCACGCUUCAUGCACACUGGUUUAUACUGGAUGGCGGCUCCACACGGUGUCAGGGCUAUCUUCUUCAUCAUUGGCACUUUGGCUAACUUAUUUCUUAUUGUGCAAAUUUUGUGGACUGGUGUCCAUGCCUUGAUGUAGCCACUAGCAAUGUUAUUCUGCCAGGCCCGUUCCCAGGAUUUUUCUUUGAGGGGGGGGGGGGGGGGGGGGGAGUGGGGAGGGUGAGUCUUUUGAUAAAAAUCUAGCCACCCCUGAGAGAACAAAAAUGGAUUCAUUUAUACCAUUGCACGUUUCUUAUCGGAUUUGGCUACAAAAAAAUCUUACUAGUAAAGUUCACUACUUACUAGUUUUACUUAUAGAUUUAUGACAUAACAGAGUGAUCUAGAAUGCCUUUUUAUCUAAGUAGCUUAUACUUUUUAGUUUUGUCUAUUUGUCUUCCAAUAGCAUCUCUAUAGCGAACUGGAAGUGGACUUUCCAUCAUUAGAGACCUUUAGAUCCGUGGACCAGGUCCACGACCAGGACGAGUUUUGGCCGCGCGCGCACUGGUACUACAGACUAGUCCUCGGCCUGGUCGUCGUCAAAUUGCAACAUUUAGAUAAUAAACAAACCGUCGGAAUGCAAUUUUAUUAAGUUUGUUCAUAGUUUGGCCAUGUUUGAGCCAUGUUCUCCAAGAAAAACAUUCUAACAUCUUCAAUUAUGCUAUACCUCGACGAUUUUUUGGAGGAGGAAGAUGUCAUUCGAGUUAUCUUGGAGCAAAAUCGGAAAAAUCCUGCCAUUCCUCACGAGAAUUACAGUCGGAUCGAGGAGACACUCGGUGAUAUGUCUGAGGCUGAACUAAAGGCUGAGUUUAGGUUCGGUCGUGGCGAAAUUGACCUGCUUCUCGAAGCUCUUCAAAUCCCGGAGUCAUUCAAGUGCAUCAAUGGAACUGUUUCUUCUGGUUUGGAAGGACUAUUGAUGUUUUUGAGGAGGUUUGCAUACCCUUGCAGACUCGGUGAUAUGAUCCCACGGUUUGGUCGCUCUAUUCCUGAGCUUAGCCUCAUUUUAUCAGAGGUCACCGAUUUUAUUGUGAAUACACAUGGUCAUCUGCUACUUGACUUGAAUCAACCCUGGUUACAGCCAUUCCAAUUGGAGUCGUUUGCUCGGGCAAUCAGCCGAAAAGGUGCUGCGCUGGACAACUGUUGGGGUUUUGUUGAUGGCACUGUAAGACCCAUCUGCCGUCCAGGGGAGCACCAAAGAAUAAUGUAUAAUGGCCACAAAAGAGUUCAUGGUAUUAAAUUCCAGUUAGUGGUGGCGCCAAAUGGCCUAAUAGCCAACCUGUUUGGUCCAGUCGGUAAGUGCUUUUUUAUUGUUUGACCCACUGGAUCACUUGAAGAUCCCCAUACAUGUACUAUAGUUUCUUUCAUAAAAUAUUUUGAAAGUCUUUAUUAAUGUCAAUGUUAAAAUUGGUUACAUUAGAUUUUGCAUUAUUUUUAAUCUAGAAAUUUGAUGUUGCGACCCCAUGAUUUGUGCAGGUUUUCUAAUUGGCUGUUUGAAAAUAUUUUGACUUACCUAGUAACAAUACUGUAAACAGUGCCUCACAGUGCAUAGCAUGUACAUACUACUACUAUAAAAGAGAGCUCAUUUUACAGCCAUUCAUUUUUCACACUGUGUCAUUUCUCUUUCACAUAUACUUGGUCUGAGUCUCUAUCUGUUACAUUGCAAAUGAACUUAUCUUUGUGCGCCAACCAUAGUUUGUUAGUACUGUGUACUAUUAGGAACCUUUUUUCUUCCUUUUUUUUGCACAUAAAAAGACAUCUGUAUUGAAGAACUAACAUACUUUUUCACAUUUCCAGUACAAGACUUAGAAUUUCACAAUAUUCUCAUUCGUAAAAAUAUUAUUCUCCCUCUGCAACAACAUGCUUAUGUUUUAGAAUGCCACAGCUAAAUAUAAAAUUGUUUCACAAUGAAUUUAACAAAUGUUAAAUUUUCUUACACAUACAGAGGGAAAGAGGCAUGAUGCUACAGAUGUCAGGGUUACUGCACCAACUUCAGCAAUACUCUGUUGAUCAAGCACGGCAGCCACUUUGCAUCUAUGGGGAUCCUGCUUACCCUCUCAGAGUUCAGCCACAGGCACCGUACAAACAUGCUCACCUCACAGCCGACCAAGAGGCCUUCAAUUCUUCAAUGAGCAAAGUUCGAUCGGCUGUUGAGUGGGUGUUUGGGGACAUUGUCUUUUAUUUUGCCUUUCUGGAUUUCAAAAAGAAUCUCAAGAUGGGACUUAGUCCAGUUGGUACCAUGUAUGCUGCCUGUGCUCUUCUACGGAAUGCUCAUACAUGUUUAUACAGCUCUAUGUCUAGCUCUUUUUUGACCUAGAGCCACCUACUAUUCAAGAGUACUUUCAAGUUUAAUGAAAAUAAUUAUAUUGUAUUGUCAAAAUUUUGGUCCCUGCUCAUCCCCUGCUACUCUGGUAGCAGAGGUUUCUUUGGGCUAUUCCAUUUUUGUAUUCCAUUUUCAUAUCAAAGAGCCAGAAAGAGUCUUUUAUUUUGACUCUGGAUUUCCUUAGGGGUCUUCAGUUUUGAACCUGGUUUUCCACAGGGGGCUUUGAUUUCGACUAUAGAUUUCUAUAUGUUUGCUAGAGUCUUGAUUAGCAAUAGGGUGCAUAAAUUUAUCUGACAUUUCCACAGGGGUACCAUGAGAGAUUCUAGAUUUCCACUGUGGUAGAGCAAAGUUCCUCGAUAGGGGGAUUACAAAUUUUAAAUGGAAUAUGGCACUUUCUGUCAGUCUUUUAUUAGCUAGCUGCUAGUUUCUGUUUUUAAUUCUAUCCAAAGCUCAUUGGGCUUAAAAGUGCUAGUUUCUAUUUUUUUGUUAUUUGUCGAAUAUGAAGGAGCCAAUUAUAUUCAUAAUUAUACGAGGCUUGUUAAGACAGAUUCUUUUAGUGUUUAAAGCAACUUGUGGCAAAAAAUCAGGUUACUUAGAAAGUACCAAACCUAUUGGCUUUAUUUGGCAACUUUUGAAAGGUUUGCAUAUAAAAAGAAACUUUUGUUUCCUUGAUGGCAAUCUAGGAAAAUCAAUUCCUUUAGGUGGUGAACUUAAAUUUUUCGGCUUCCAUUAAUAUUUCUUGGGAGGACUAACCAAAGUAAAUGCUGACCUAUAGUUUUUUCAAAGUAAAUUAAAACUAAGCCAGGGGGUUGUCAACGUUCGAGUAUAUAGAUUUUUGAUUGCUACAGGUAUUCUAUAAAAUAAAACCCUUUUAGAUUCUUGUGAA